GUCCCGUUCCGCGACAGCACGUGGUGCGGUCGCUCCGUCCGGCCCCGCCCGGCCGGCCUGGCUCGUCCCGGCUCUCACUGGCUGGCCCUGAGUGACCUCGGGUCGACCUGGGCUGACCUCCCCGGGACGCUCGCCAGCCUGAGAUGGCCCUGUUCUGCGCGACUGUCCUCGCUCGACGGCAGUUGACCUCACCUGGCCUCUACUGACCCCGGCUGACCCAUCGCCAUGGAGCAAAGGGGUCUGGCGCCGCCGCCGCCGCCCAGGGACCGACCAAUCGUGCCCACGGCCGAGAUGCUGGGAGACGACGCCGAGGUGGAGCUGAAGCGCAAGGUGCCGGACGCGCUCGUGUUUGCCGACGACGAGUUUGUCGGCUCGCUCCUGAAAAACCUCAACACGAUGCGGAAGAACAAGCAGUUCUGUGACGUCACGCUGCGGGUGGGGAAGCACGAGAUCGCCGGCCACCGGUGCGUGCUGGCCGCCAGCUCGCAGUACCUGCUGAAGCUGUUCGGCGACGAGCGCGGCCAGCCGGCGGCGCGCGAUGACCCCAGCGUGUAUCGUCUGAGCGACAGCCUGGACUGCGAGGCCACAGACGCGCUCGUCCAGUACGCCUACACCGGAAAGCUGUACGUGCACCCGUCCAAGGUGCGCGCCGUGUACUCGGCCGCCGCCCGCCUUAAGAUGGACAGGGUGGCGCGUCGCUGUGCCGAGUGGCUCGUCAGCAACCUGGACACCCAGUCAUGUCUGGAGAUCCGCUCCAUCUCCGGCGUGGCCAGCGACUCCCAGCUGGUCAAGGUGGCCGACGACUUCAUCGUGCUGCACUUUGCUGAGAUGGUGGCGACGAAGCAGAUGCUGAAGCUGCCACAGGUGAAGGUGGAGCUUCUCACGCCUGCUCUGGAGGAAGUCACCUCCAUCAACAUGUCCACUCAGGCCUUACUCGUCCUUGACUGGUUGCGCAAGUUUACGAUUGACGAGAACGUGUCUCUGGAAGAUAGUACGGAAAAGGUGCACCUGUUGUACAUGAACUUGGACCAGUCGCUGCAUGAUUGCUCCGACAUCGUUACCGGUGACUCGGCCGACACCGAAAUGGUGCAGGACUACAAGAAGCUCAGCAGAAAGGUUGGGCGGAAGACGUCGCCGGCCGUGCAACAGCCCGUGCCGUCCUCCAAGCAGUACCACACCAUCACCUACUCGACCGAGGUGGCUGAGCGCAUGCAAGAGGAGGCCUACGACUGGAAGACCAUCGCCUGCUCCAAGGUCGACGAGCGGGGCAUGGUGGCGCUGGUGACGCUGGGCGGCCGCCUGGCGGUGCUGUCGGUACGCCAGCGACUGAACGCGCCCUCGCCGACCGGUUCGCCGCGCACCAGCCGGCCGCCCAGCAUGGAGAAGCCCGACUCGUACAGCGUGCUGCCCGAGCUGGCCUGCGCCAAGUGCGCCAUCGGCGUCGGCAACAUCGACGACAAGCUCAUCAUCUGCGGCGGGUACGACCGCGGCGAAUGCCUGCGGGAGGUGGAGAUCUACGACCCGGCCAUCAACCAGAUCCGCGCCCUGCCUCCGAUGCGGGCGGCGCGCGGCCGCUUCGAUCUGACCGUGAUCGACGGCCGAGUGUACGCCGUCGGCGGCUGCGACGGCAACAACGAGCUGUCGUCGGUCGAGUCGUUCUGCCUCGAGGACGACAAGUGGACGCCUCGCGCGCACCUGCACAUGGCGCGGUCUAACCUAGGGGUGUGUGCGCUGAACGGCAAGAUCUGCUGCAUUGGAGGCUGGAAUGGCAAGUUCGGCAGUAGAAAGUGCGAGAUCUAUGACCCUGUUACCAACAAGUGGUCCCAAAUGGCUUCACUCAACGUCGGGCGAUACCAGGCGGCCGUGACCGUGCUGAACGGGCUGGUGUAUGCCGUCGGCGGCUGCGACUCCUGGAACUGCCUCAGCUCGGUCGAGGUGUACGACCCGGAGGAGGACGCAUGGUCCUUCGUCGCGCCCAUGUCGACGCCGCGUCGCGGCAGCGGAGUGUCCAGGAUCAAAGGUAAACUGAUUGUGGUGGGCGGCUUGGACGGCGUGCAGUCGCUAAACACCACUGAAAUCUACGACCCGACCGAGGGCACCUGGACGCCCGGGCCCAAGAUGCUCUCGCGGCGGGCCAAUGUCAACGUGGCCGUGGUGGACGGCAAGCUGUUCGCUGUCGGCGGCUUCUCCGGAAAGCAGUUUCUGAACACAAUGGAGUUUCUGGACGCGCGCACCAUGAACUGGACGACGUUCAUCGCGCGUCGGGCGCGCGGCCUGUCCGGUGGCAGUGCUUCCUCUGAGGAGGAGUGCCCCGAGGCGGUGACGGCCGGUGGCGGUGACCCGGCCCACGCCGCCUCUGAUGGCGUGUCUGGCGCCUCGGAGUCCACUGGCGUGUCUGGCGCCUCGGAGUCCAGUGGCGCCUCGGGUGCCUCGGAGUCCAGUGAAGCGGCCGACAGCGAGACGGACGAGCAGCGGUCGGGUGACGCCGGCGCUACCGACGGCACUUGCGCGUAGUGCCACCGCCAACAGAUGGCAGCACGAAAGAGACGCCGCGGACGAGUUCAUUCCAUCGCGAGUACUGAAAGGCUUGUGACAAUAUCGCAGCUGCUGCUGGCAGCACGCAGCUUCUGACCCCGCUCCUGGCGGCUGCUGCCGGCUCUGACCGAACCGCGCGCAGCGCACGCGAAUUUGGCGUGCAGGGCCACCUAACAUCGAUGUGGAAAGCGUGGGUCACGUUGUUCGGUUUCCCUUUGGCCCAGUACAUUCAGCAUGGGGACUAGGGGAGCAGCUGUCGACUGCUGGAUGGCGACAGUCUCUUGUACAGUGUAAUGUCGCCCUGUUUUAAUGGCGUCUGUUUACAACUUAUUGUGCGAACCACGCUCGCAGUAAUUAAUUACCAAACUUUGUGACCGCUGUGAGCAAUCUGAACCCUUUUGUGCCCACAUCCUGGCUUCCGCUGUGCCCAAUCUUCUCUGAGAUGCCGACUGUUGACGGUCCUUUGGGUGCCACGCACCCUCGUGUAUUUAUGUCCGCCCAGCGCAUUGGGGCCAAUGUUUGUGUACGUACCGUCAUUUGCACGACCUUCGCUACAACGCACGUUCUGCCUCCGGUACCAAAAUUUCCACAGCGAGGUGUACUGGUGGUGAAUGGAAACUGUCAUUUACGGGCGGGCUGCGAGUGAACGCUUCGGAAAUGCCAUCUUUCUGCGCCUGCGGGCGAUUUACAAGAGGCUCGGCUCUAUUGGACCUGCGGGAUAUUUUGAUGCUCGGCCGGUGUGUGGUGUCGCGUGCUGCGGUCACCACAGGUCACCAGGGGUCACCGGUGACUACUUCGGAGAUGCUUUGACGCCGUUGUGUGCGCGUGUGCUGGUGGCUGCCGCACUGGACUGGACUGCGGACACGUGAACCCGAUAACCCUGUCAAUACAUGCGGCUGAGAAGCAGCAAUGUUCGGCA